CAGGUAAGUAACGACAACAAAUGCCUAAAACCUGGCUCUUCGGGAUUUCUGUGUGUAUCCUAGGGAUUCUUGGGGGAAAGACAUUGCCUGCAGACAACUCCAACUGUCAAUCGCUGUACAUUGCAGAUUGGCAUCUCCUUCACAGCGUAGGCGCGGCACUAGGGCAAAUAUGUGCUGAUGGGCUAUUGUGCCAAGCUCCUUUCGCUGUAAAAGCUUAUGCUCUCACGAAGCUCAACUUCACGUAUACCAAGUAUAUUCAAACUCCAGACGAGUGUCAGCUUUUGCACGGUGCCUGUGCAAUUCACACAAACUUUACAUACGGCGAGCAGUACAGCAUCGGCGGCUGUAAAUGUGCCGACAUGGUUUUCUUUCCUAGAAUGAGCACUUCGCCCAUCACAAUCGACGGCAAGACUUAUCAAUGUGAUCUCAAAUCGAUUCAAGCUCGGUUCGCGGAGCGUAAGCUACCGAAACCUGAACUUUACGGCUCUGAUUUGAGCUGUAAGUAUCCAUCUAAGACCGACUUGGAUACCUGCGUUUGCAACAUUGUUCCAGGAGGAAUUCCAUCGAAUGCUAAUGGGUCUGCAUGCAGCAACAUGUGGAAUGUGUGGGAUACUGAUCGAACACCUAGACGACGCUUGAAUGUUACCGAAUUAUAGCCAAAGCCUAUAGG